UUAAUUCUUUACGCUUAUUAAAAACUGUGCUAAAUAAUGGAAAAAGCUUUCGAAAUUCAAAGGCAAGUGCGCGAUAACGUUAAAACCUUCCAAACAUACUUGACAGACCUGGAUAACUGGGAAGCGGAGAUGAAAAGAAAAGAGGCCGCUCUCAACGGUGCUUUUGAGCAGGAUCUCCCGCCAGUUAGAAGUAAGUUGAAAAGAGAAAAGCCCGUUGUUGUGAAAAAGAGUCCAGAGAAGAGGAUCUCAUCGUUUGACUACAAGGCCUGGGACCAGUUUGAUGCUGACAAAGCAUGUGAAGACAUCGACAUGGCAGAAGUAGGACCUGUAUCUUUGGACGGCAAGAAGAGUCAGCAAGUUAAACAAGACAAACUGAGGGAAGAGGCUCAGUACGAGAAGGAGAGAGGCAACACAUAUGUAAAGAAAGAGAAGUGGGAUGAAGCCAUACAGUGCUACACUCGAGCUAUAGAACUGGUCAAGGAUGAUGCCAUUUACUUUGCCAAUAGAGGCCUGUGCUACCUCAAGAAAGACAGUCUUCACCAAGCCGAGAAGGACUGCACCGAAGCGCUUCGCCUAGACCCGACCUACGUCAAAGCGUUCCAACGUCGCGCGACGGCUCGGGAACGCCUCGGCUCCCUUCGUGCAGCCUCGCGCGACCUUAUGGAGGUGAUCAAGCUGGAACCACACAACCAUGCGGCUAAGCAACAGCUGGAGACUAUCAAAACUAGGAUGGGGACUAAAGGGUCCAAAUCAAAGUCAUCGCCGUCUUCCACACCCACUGCGGAAUCCAAACCAAUCAUCACCCCAGCGAAAGCCAUUCCAAAGAUCAUCGAAUUACCCGAUGAGCCAACUAUGCCAGCUCAGAAAAAAAUACCAACGAAGCCAACUCAGAACGUGCCAGUUAUGCCAGCACAGAAUGUGCCAGUCAUGCCAGUACAGAAUAGUGCGCCAGCCAUGCCAGCACAGAAAAGUCCACUAGUCAUGCCAGUGAAGCCAGUUCAGAGUAGUGAGGACAAAUGGAAGGAUGGCGUUGAUGAAGGGAUAACGGUGAUCAAGCCGGUGAAGAAACCACCCCAUUUGCGUUCUAAGAGAGCGCUUAAACCUGUGUCAAUUCAAGAGAUUCUCCUCGGCAAAUCAUCCCCUGAAAAACCACCUACCCGCCUAAAAAUCGUCGAGCUCGAAGACGAGUUGGCACACGGUGAUUCGAACAACAACGAAGCCAAAAUAGAAAAGGAGAAAGAAUCUCGGACCACCGGAGAGAAAGGGAAGGGAGAUAUGAAGGAGAAAAUUUUAACUCCAGAGUCGGUGAAACUGAUUGAGGAUGCAACGGUGACUGAGAAACUGCUUCAGAAUCUGGUUCCACCUACAAAUAGUGUUCAAUUUAUGGCUGAAUGGAAGUAUUUGAAGGGAAAAGGCGACGCUAGAACCCAGUAUUUGAGUAUUAUAGACCCACACAGAAUCCCAUCCAUCUUUGAAAACGCUCUGGAAAGCGACGUGCUGUCUGAUGUCCUAACUACCCUUCACUCCGAUAUGGCCAAGUUCGGCGCCAAGACUGUCGCCGCCUACCUACAGUCCAUGACCAAGGUCAAGCGCUUUUCCGCCUUGGCUAUGUUCUUAUCGGAUGGAGACAAAAAAGUACUGAACGAUCUCCUACACCACUGCAAAACGGUUGAGAAAUUGAGCGACGACGCGAUCGCCGAUCUGAAGAACAAAUACGAAAUCUGAACGCUUAGGGUACUAGUUAGUUUUUCAAAUUAUGACAUCGUUAGAUAUUAAAAAGACAUGCCUUGAAUUCUGUGUUAUUCGUGAAGAUAACAUUAUUUUUACAGAAUUUAAUUGGAAUAAAACAGCCAAGUAUUUAUCUGUAAGCUUGAGUGGCCUAUUCAUUAUAAAUGGUAGAGAGAGUAUGACAUCACUUUUUAACCGACUUCAAAAAAGGAGGAGGUUAUUUGCAAACAAAAUUGAGUU